AUGAGAGCUCUCACAACCGUUUCUGCGGCCCAAAGCCGCCGCGCCCUCCCCGCCAUCUGCGCGGCCUGCACCUCAACCACACCAUCCUCGUCCUCCUCGUCCUCCUCCCGCCGCCCCUUUUCCGUCCUAAACCGCCCACCACCAAACUACCCAGGCCACGUCCCCCUCACAAAGAUCGAGCGCGCCGCCCUAGGCCUCGGCGCAGGCAUCUGGUCCCUUCUAAGUCCCUACCGCGGCGACCUCAUCGCCGCCGUAGGCGAGACCACCGCGACCCCCUACUUCAUCUACCGCCUCCGCGACGCCAUGCUCUCGGACCCGACGGGACGCCGCAUCCUCCGCGACAGGCCCCGCAUGACCUCCACAUCCCUCAACCUCGCCCGCCUGCGCGCCAUGCCGGAGAACAGCGUCGGGCGCGCCUACGUAGGCUGGCUGGACCUCGAAGGCGUGAGCCCGGACACGCGGCCCGUUGUGCGGUACAUUGACGACCCGGAGUGCGCGUACGUGAUGCAGCGGUACCGCGAGUGUCACGACUUUUACCACGCGCUGACGGGCCUGCCGAUUGUGCGCGAGGGCGAGGUGGCGCUCAAGGCGUUCGAGUUUGCGAACACGCUCCUCCCGAUGACGGGGUUCGCGGUGCUGAGCUACGCUACCUUGAAGACGGGGGAGCGGAAGCGGUUCCGGGAGAUUUACGGGCCCUGGGCGGUGAAGAAUGGGAUGAGAGCCAAGGAGGUGAUUAAUGUCUACUGGGAGGAGCAGAUGGAGAGGGAUGUGGAUGAUUUGAGGGCGGAGCUGGGCAUCGAGCGGCCGCCUAAUAUGAGGGAUAUUCGGAAGAGGGAGAGGGAGGAGAGGAAGAGGGCGCGGGAGGCUUUGAAGGGGGUUUAG